UGAGGGAAUAAAAGGCUGUAAGAAAAGGCAGAGCAUUACAGAGUCCAGACACUUGGAGCUGAACUUGGUUUUCAAGUCUGAGCUCAUCCACUUAGCCACGGAAAGCAGUCACUGGGAAACAGCGCAGAGGAAUUCUGUCACCUGCACACUGCAGCUACAAACGCCAUCUGCUUAAAAGAUAGAGAAAACUCUCAGAAACAUGAUUUGCCUGCMGUUGCUSUCUCUUCUUACCUAUGGACUUACAGUGCUGCAGGRAGUGAAUGGGUGGACAUACCAUUAUUCAGAGACAAACAUGACCUACAGGGAAGCAGAGCUGUGGUGCAGAAAGAAGUACACUAACCUGGUUGCUAUCCAGAAUAAGGAGGAAAUUAAGCAUCUCAAUGAGUUCUUGCCAUUCAAUCCGGGUUACUACUGGAUUGGAAUCAGAAAAAUUAAUGGUGUAUGGACCUGGACUGGAACUAACAAAGUACUGACAGAAGAAGCAAGGAACUGGGCUUCAGGUGAGCCAAAUGGCAAAGGGAACAACGAGGACUGCGUUGAGAUCUACAUCAAAAGAGGGAAGGAUGACGGCAAAUGGAACGAUGAGCAGUGUGAGAAAAAGAARGUCGCCUUGUGCUACACAGCUUCUUGCAACCCAUCUCUCUGCAGUGGCCAUGGAGAAUGCAUAGAGACUAUUAACAAUCACACCUGCCAUUGCAAUCCGGGCUUCUAUGGGCCUGAAUGCGAGUUUGUUCAGAGUUGUGAUCCCCUAAAGAAACCUGAUCAYGGGAGCCUCGAGUGCCACCAUCCAUUGGGGGACUUCAGCUACAACUCAUCCUGCACAGUUCAGUGUGAGGAGGGUUAUGAGCUGACUGCUUUGGAAUCUGUUCACUGUACCUCUUCUGGGGYCUGGUCUGCUCCUCUUGCAGCAUGCAAAGCUGUGACCUGCCCUGCCUUGGACAUUCCUGUCCAUGGGGCUAUGAACUGCUCCCAUCCCUCUGUGCAGCUCACCUGGGGCACCACCUGUGAGUUCACCUGUGAGGAAGGCUUUACCCUGACAGGACCAGCUACCCUGCAGUGUGGAUCCUCUGGGGCCUGGGAUGGGCAGCAGCCAAGCUGUGCAGCUGUGAGGUGUGAGGCUGUCCCAUGGCCAGCAGAAGGCUCUGUGACCUGUGACCACGCUCCUGCAGAUCUCACCUAUGGCUCACGUUGUGAUUUCCAGUGCAGUGAGGGAUAUGUUCUGGAUGGGCCAUCCAGCACUGAGUGCACAGCUCADGGACAGUGGUCAGAGCCAAUGCCAAAAUGCAAAGUUGUACAGUGUGAACCACUGAGCUCUCCUGAGAAAGGCUCUAUGGAAUGCUCCCAUGGGGCUGGAAUCUUCACAUACAAGACCUCCUGCCACUUCAGCUGCCUGGAAGGAUGGAGUCUCAAUGGCUCUCUUGUUCUUGAGUGCAGCCAUUCAGGAAACUGGAGUGCCAUCUCGCCCACAUGUGAAGCUUCUGACCAAGCCAGCUAYGUCUCUGUGGGCAUAGCAGCCACUUCUGCCUCUCUGCUGUCCACAGGAUCAUUCCUCCUUUGGCUUGCAAGGCGCUUCCGGAAAAAAGCAAAGAAGUUUAUUCCUUACAGGAACUGGCAGGACACAGCCUCUGAAGGUAGUUUCCAAAGUGCUGGCCAGGAUGUCUAACUCAGGUGUUUCAGGAAUUAAAGCCACCUUCACUUACGUCUCAGAUUUCUCAGAGAAUGAAACUGCAUGGAAAUCAGCAGCUGUCCAGAUGUUUUUACCUCUUGCUGACAAGAUGAUUGACCUUGUGUAUGAUUCAGAAAUUUUGAACUCAAGCUGUCUGGUAUUUCCAUUGAAGACAAGCAGAGAGUAAAACUCUGCCCUUCUGGCCAAAUCCUGCCUACAUUAUUCAGUCAUGUAGAGUUAUCCUGACUGGGAGCUUGCCAUCUCCUGUCCAGAUGGCGAGCAAACAGAGCACUGCUGCCUAAAGGGGAGGCUGGUUCCUCCCCUGCUCCACUCAAAGGUACCGAGCUGAGGUGAAGACAUGCAUUAUUUCACAUCGCUUACUACACUGCUGGAGGUGUCUUCUCUGGACUCACAGGGGUUAUGCCUGCAGAAACAGAAGAAUCAGGAUGAAAAAAUAGUCACUGAACAGCUUUGAAACUAUUGAUCUGGUUUGUGAAAGUCAAUUUAUUUUAAAAUGUCCCAGUCACUCAAUAUGCCUGUAGUGAUAUGGGCAGUUAUUUAGGUUUCUGCUGCAUAUCCCAGGAAACUUAGAUACCUUUUUUUCUUUAUUAUAAUAGCACAAGGAACCAUCAUGCUUCUAGCAGGUACUCUGGUUUCUGAGCACAGCAGAUAGAUCUGAAAUUAUCUCAUCCCUGUGGGAUUUUGUACUGUAAUAUGUGUAUAAACAUACAUAUUUAUUUGUGCAGCUUUUACUGUGGAUAUUUCUGUGCUCUUACAUGUAAAUGUAUUGUAAAAUACUUGUUCUUGAGUAGGUCUGUGGUCUUUGAUCAACUGAUCAGAAUUUAUUUUAAAAUAAAUUUGAGAUGCUUGUAUGGAUUUAAUGCCUGCAUAUUAUUUAUGAAUGAAAUGGAAGCCUGAAAUUUGUAUGUUUUUAUAUUGAAAGUAUGGUUUUUGAGCUGUUAAAAGUCUUCAA